GACCAUGACCCGGGUCGAAGCCAGACGCUUAACUGAGCCACCCGGAUGCCUUGGCUUCACUCUUCUUGAUAGAUCUGCCUGUCUGUGGUAAGCCUGAAGAGACAGCAGCGAAAGAGAGAAGCUCUGAAACCAGAGAAGGGGAAGGGCUUAAGGGCACCGGCAUCCAGCAGCGGAGAACGGAAGCGGCACCGACGGCGGAGCGGUGGUACGGCCCCCCCGGAGGAGCCGGAGGACAGGGACGGGGCACAGGCUCGCCUGCAUCCCUGAACUCAGGCCCUCUGGAAAGCGGGGCUGAAACACCUGGAUUGUUCCCAACGCUAUUCAGGAAGCACCCAAGAUUUUUAAGCGACUUUCAUUCAUCCCUUUAAUGAAAAAGGAUCGGAUAACCAACUUUGGCCUCCUAGUUUUAAAAGCAUUUAUGGAAUCUGACCCACGACUGCCAGGAUUCUACCCGGCUUUCAGAACCCCAGCAUCACUCUGCGGCCCUUCAUCCGGACCAGGUGUUUAUGGCCGUGGUCUCCUGUUUUGUGAGGCAGCGAUCCAGUCCUGAAGAAACACUCAGAGAAGCAAACGUGACUUUUUCAAGCUACCGGUCAGAAUCAACAAGAACAAAAUCCUCCAGGGACGAAAGGGUAACGAAACCUGCCAAGCAACUCUGUUCAUGUGAUUUAAGCGGGAGCCACGGGAAGAGAAGCAACGGACGGAAGAGAAAAUCCAGGCUGGGCACGGACACCGCCAGCGUUUGCAGCCCGUGAACAUGAGAAUGGCUUUUGGAAAACGCUUCGUUAACUACACACAGAUCACAAAUGGCAGACGCUGAGUAGGAAGCCUAGAGGGAAAGAAAUUCAAGCGGUGGUGAUAAGAAGGCACCUGGAGCUGAAGACAUGAGCCAGCUGCGGGCCACGAAGCCCGGACUCCUCGUGUGCACAGCUGUGUGCGUGUGCGUUUUUCUUUAUUUAAGGGAUCCACCUCCGGAGGAACCAGAGGAGUCCACCUCUCCAGCAGCGGUGGAAUGUGGCUUUUAUCCAGAUGAACUGUGUUCAGCUUUAUUUGAAGGGAAAGAGGCCGCCCCCCAAAUUGCAACUUUUUGUAAAAACCCUCAUGGUUCUCAAGUACUUGCUCACUUGCGCCCACCAGGAAACUGCUCCAGGAUUUCCCAGGAGGUGCAUCUCAUAACCAGACCCUUGUCUGCAGAAGAGGGCAAUUUCUCUUUGGCAUAUAUCGUAACUACUCACAAGGACCUGGCUAUGUUUGUGCAGCUGCUCAGGUCUAUUUAUGUGCCUCAAAACCUUUACUGUAUUCAUGUUGACAAAAAGGCCCCAAAGAAGUAUAAGAGUGCUGUGCAAACCCUGGUGAACUGUUUUGAAAAUAUUUUUAUUUCAUCAAAGAGAGGAAGAGUGGCCCACACUGGCUUUACAAGACUGCAGGCAGAUCUUACUUGUAUGAGAGAUCUGGUCCGUUCCAAAUUUCAGUGGAACUAUGUCCUUAACCUUUGUGGACACGACUUUCCAAUCAAAACCAACAAAGAAAUCAUACGCUACAUCAGGAGCAAAUGGACUGAUAAAAACAUCACUCCUGGAGUAAUCCAACCACCACACGUUGCAUCCGAGACAAGUGGAAGUCGUCUUGAAUUCACCCCUGAAGCAAGUAUCUACGGAUCUCCAAACAGGAGAUUCAAAGAUGAACCACCCCAUAACUUAACAAUUUAUUUUGGAAGCGCUUACUACGUACUAACGAGGAAGUUCGUAGAAUUUGUACUGACGGACAUCCGCGCAAAAGACCUGCUCCAGUGGUCCAGAGACGUCCAGAGCCCAGAACAGCAUUACUGGGUGACUCUGAACCGACUGCAAGAUGCCCCGGGAGCCACACCUGACGCUGGCUGGGAAGGAGACAUUCGAGCCAUUAAAUGGAGGAACGAGGAGGGAAGUGUUCACGAUGGAUGUAAAGGGCGCUACGUCCACGAGAGCUGCGUGUAUGGACCAGGAGACCUGCCGUGGAUCAUUCGGUCGCCUUCUCUGUUUGCCAGCAAAGUGGACUCGACAGACCCCCUGGUGGUCACGUGCCUGGAGAGGCGGCACAGGCUCCAGGCGCUGCGGCAGGCAGAGGUCCCUGCGGAGCCACACUGGCGCUUUCAACAGGAGAGUCAUUUUAACACGACACGGAGCCGCUGAGCUGGACAUUUGGAAGCGUCUGUGCUCUUACUGGCAUCGCCAUGUCCCUGACUUGUGAUAAGAGAACACUAACCAAAGAAGAAAGAAUGAGAACUGGUUCCUUGGUACAAGCUAGCCCUAAAGUGAACUCAGAGAUACGCUAUUGACAAGACUUGCCUAUAAAUCACAGGCCGCUCUUACGGCUUCGAGGAAGAAAUCAUGAGAGGAAAGGUGUUGCUCAAGGUCCCGUUGGGGGCUCCUGGAUCAGCCAAGUGAGGUCGGACUCUGCCUCAGUAAACAGCUGCUGCAAAUCGAAGCCUCAAGUUAGAAUAAAAACAGAUCUUGCUUUGAAGAUACUACCGUGUAUGAGAUUCUAAUCAAGAGCAAACUCUCACUGAAAACAAAACUCUGCUGAUCUAAAACAGUGCUCUUUGGCUGGGAACCACGUAACUUUGUUCUGGUAAUCCUAGAAAAAUACAGAAGAGUCCACUUCUUUUGGGUAAAACGAAACUAAUCCAGAGCUGAAGCACACUUCCUUAAAAAGGAUGCUAUAAGCUUCUGGAGUCAAGAGGCAUUAAUCGUACCUUCUGCCCUGGUGGGUACGUACUACGUCUGGUCUGACACCAACCACAACCACAGGGGGCUUUGGGGCAUUUGAAAUGUGGAGAGUAUGCUUGGUUAAGUGACUUUUUGUCUUUAUUUAACUUAAAAAAUUUUAAUAAACUGAAAUUUUAAUAGUCA